AUGACAGAAGAUGAAUUCGGAAACUUCCAAAAGCAUAAGGUGAAAAUUGUGUCCGUAUCUUACUUUCCAUUUGUCGACUUUGGCAAGAAGACGAACGAGAGCGGCACCAUCGUCACCUUGAAGGAUUCUCUUGAUGCUCGACUCAUCAAAAACUUUGCAAAAAAGAUCAACUUCACGUAUGUAGUCAAUGAAGAGCCAUUUAGAGCUUUUGGACUGGAAAGCAACGGAAUUUUCGAUGGCAUGAUGGGACAGCUGCAACGUGAAAUCUCCGACUUUUGCACGAUCGCAGGCCCUUCUUCUGACCGUCUAAAAGUCAUGAAUUUUCUGCGCGGCUACCCAUCCGACCCUUUGACAGUAGUAUCUCUCAAGCCGUCAUUUCUUCCCCGACAUCUCGCCUUCAUUAGACCAUUUUCAGCGGAAGUGUGGCUAACUACUGGUGGUGUCGUGAUAAUUUGGGGAGUUACUCUUUGGGUGUUGCAUCUGCUUGGGCGCCUUAUAAGAAGGAAACGAAGUUUUCAGUUCAUCACUGCUCUGUUCUACGGAUGGGGGGCUCUCCUAGAGCAGCCACCCUCAGACCCCUCUACUGGUAUAUCAGAGCAGACCCUAGUAGGAUGGUGGCUUGUGUUUUGCCUCAUCAUCUCAACGGCUUUUCGGUCCUCCCUGAUCUCACAUUUGACUGUCCAAGGUACCAUAGAUCCCAUAGAAACACUGGAGGAUUUGACGAAGGCCAACAACUGGAGAUGGGGUACAGAACCUUGGUUAAUGAACGGCGUUCCGCGACGCUAUUUUUCAAACCAUACUGAUCCAAUUGUGAAGAAAAUAUAUGCACAUAUGGAGAUUUUUGAUGCUCCUGCCGGAUUAAAGGAGAUUCAGAAGGGAGGAUUCUCUUUAAUAGAUUUUGAAAAAUACAUCAACAUUAUCAUUGAAUCUCGCUACACAGACGCACAAGGUCGCACGCCAUUCUACAUAAGCAAGCAAGGAUUCCGACAUGUAAUAGCAUUUGGAUGGUGUUUCAGGAAAGGGGCACCUUACUUCUCUCGAUUCAGUGAUAUGAUGAUCCGCCUAGACGGUGCCGGAAUCAUUGAUUACUGGUUGAAAGAUGUAGUAGCCAAAAGAGUGAGAGCAAACAAACUGAAGGAAGAUCCUGAUCCUGAUACUCGUUAUGAUCUUGAUACAUCUAAGAAAAUGAAGAUGACACAGUUAUGGGACGGUAGUUGUCACUAA